CGGCACGCCCUCCCCGCGCUCUGGCCUCGUCCUUGCGCUUGGUUUGAAGACUGGUCCCGCCUGCAAGUGAGAACCCGCGGGUUUCCGCUGGCGGCGCGGGCUUCUGAAAGCAAAAGGAGGGACGCGUGAACGCCUCGCGAGGCCCAGGGAGCAGAGAGGAGGGAGUCAAAGGCGGGCCUGACGCCCACUCAGACCUCCCGGAGGAAGGGGAGCAGGCCGCGACCCGCGCUGAAUUGUCUCAGAGGUGGCCGACUUUGAUCUGGGCCUGGAAGAGGGAGAGGCAAGUGAGGCAUUCCAGGAGAUUUCUGGGAAAUUAUGAGUUGCUUCUGUUCAAGCACUGAGAGGCAAAAUGACCGAAGUGGAAAAGUCUUUUAGGAUGAACCUGUUUUUCCUUCCCGGGAAUAUAUCAGUUGCCAUUGAGUUUGUGUUGCAAAGUUUUCUGCAAAAAUUCAAGAGAAUAUUUAUCGACUCGAUAAGCUACUAACUGCAGAAAUCUUACAUGGGAUACAAUUUACUUUCCCGUAACUUCUAAACCAAUGGAGAGAAAAUGGGAAGCAAGACUGAAGCAAAUUGAAGAACGAGCAUCUCGUUAUGAGAGGAAACCAUUGUCCUCAGUAUACAGACCAAGAUUGUCCAAGCCAGAAGAACCACCCUCCAUUUGGAAACUAUUCCUUCGGCAAACUCAGGCUUUUAAUUUUGUUAAAAGCUGUAAAGAGGAUGUUCAUGUAUUUGCUUUGGAAUACAAAGUGGGCGAUGGACGACGUAUUUACCUGGUGACAACCUAUGCUCAACUUUGGUUUUAUUAUAAAUCCCGAAAAAAUCUCUUACACUGCUAUGAAGUCAUUCCUGAAAAUGCUGUGUGCAAGCUUUAUUUUGAUUUGGAAUUUAACAAACUUGCCAAUCCAGAAGCUGAUGGGAAAAAGAUGGUUGCAUUACUCAUUGAGCAUGUUUGUAAAGCACUUCAAGAGCUAUACAGGGUUAACUGUUCAGCCGAAGAUGUUUUCAACUUGGAUUCCAGCACUGAUGAAAAAUUUAGCCGCCAUCUAAUAUUUCAGCUCCAUGAUGUGGCAUUUAAAGAUAACAUUCAUGUUGGUAAUUUUGUGAGAAAAAUUUUGCAGCCUGCUUUUCACUUAAUUGCCAGUGAAGAUGAUGAUAGUAUUUCAGAGAGCACGGGCCACGGAUUUUCCCAUUUUCCUGAAACGCCAAUUAAACAAGGAAUUUCCUUUAGCAAAAUGUCCUCAGAUAAAGAUAGAGAAGAGAGCCGGACACAGAAUUCAAAGGAAUGGGAGAGGCUGGGGUCAGCUGAGCAAAGCAGUCCUGACCUAUCAUUUUUAGUUGUGAAGAAUAACGUAGGAGAAAAGCAUCUUUUUGUAGACCUCGGAGUUUAUACAAGAAAUAGAAACUUUCGGCUGUAUAAAUCAUCGAAGAUAGGAAAGCAGGUGGCUUUGGAGAUUGCUGAAGACAACAAAUUUUUUCCUAAACGGUCCAAGAAUAUUUCUGAAGAAAACCAGUAUUUCCUAUCUUCUUUGGUCAGCAAUGUCAGAUUCUCAGAUACUUUACGAAUUCUGACAUGUGACACAUCUCAGAAUAAACAGAAACGAGUUGACUAUUCUAACAGUACCAACACUAAAGCAGAAAACAUUGAAGGUUUUCACUGUUCACCCUACCCUGAAAUUGAUCAGUUCGUUCUUUCUUUGGUGAAUAAAAAUGGCAUUAAAGGAGGAAUUCGACAUUGGAGCUACUUUUUCCCAGAAGAAUUACUGGUUUAUGAUAUUUGUAAAUAUCGCUGGUGCGAAAACAUUGGAAGAGCCCACAAGAGCAAUAAUAUCAUGAUUUUGAUUGAUCUGAAAAAUGAAGUGUGGUAUCAGAAAUGUCAUGAUCCUGUAUGUAAAGCAGAAAACUUCAAAUCAGACUGUUUUCCAUUACCUGCUGAAGUUAGCCUCCGGUUUCUUUUCAAAGAGGAAGAAGAGUUCACAGCAGCUGAAACAAUGAGCAGUGACACCAAGAGUCCUCAUAAGCCACCGUCGGGUCUGUUGUCAGAAGGUGCCAUUUCCGACGCCGACUGGGACAAUGGCCUUGAUGAGCCUGACUUUGUGGAAGCUACUGAAGAUGCUGAGCUAGCCGCAGCUGCCGAGUGUGGUCUGCUCGGUUACUACAGCGGAGAUGGUGAAAUUCCCGAUGAACUAAUCAUGCGGGUAUUGCAGGAGUAGCUCUUGCGUAACCGGCUGUGCUUUGGCCUGAAGACAGUUUUAGUAACCUGAACAUACUAAGUUAUAGUAACUUGUUAUUAAACCUGUUUAUAGGGCGCCUGGGUGGCUCAGUUGGUUAAGCGACUGCCUUCGGCUCAGGUCAUGAUCCUGGAGUCCCUGGAUCGAGUCCCGCAUCGGGCUCCCUGCUCGGCAGGGAGUCUGCUUCUCCCUCUGACCCUCCUCCCUCUCAUGCUCUCUGUCUCUCAUUCUCUCUGUCUCAAAUAAAUAAAUAAAAUCUUUAAAAAAAAAAAAAAAAAAAUAAACCUGUUUAUAAAAACCAAGUUUGAUCACUUUGCUUCUCAAUUCCUGUUUUUUACUGAAGUAAGCCAGUUUUAUUGAAAAUUAGCUUAGAGGGGCGCCUGGGUGGCUCAGUUGGUUAAGCGACUGCCUUCGGCUCAGGUCAUGAUCCUGGAGUCCCGGGAUCGAGUCCCGCAUCGGGCUCCCUGCUCGGCGGGGAGUCUGCUUCUCCCUCUGACCCUCCUCCCUCUCAUGCUCUCUCUCAAAUAAAUAAAUAAAAUCUUACAAGUAAAAAAAAAAGAAAAAAAAAAAUUAGCUUAGAAAUCUUAUUGAUUGACCAGAGGUGGUCUAUGUUCAUAUCAGCAUAAUUCUGCAUGUCUGGCGAUAGGUUAAAACUCUUAAUCUUAUUUAAAAAAUUUUUAAUUGAAGUAUAAUUGACAUACAGUAUCCUACUCAGGUAUAUAUCCUUCUGAUUCGCUAUCUUUAUAUGUUACAAUCCCCGUGAUAGGUCUAGUUACCGUCUGUCAUCACACCAAGUUAUUACAUAUUACUGUAUAUUCCCUAUACUGUAUAUUACAUCCUCAUGACUUAUUUUAUAACUGGAAGUUUGUACCUCUCAGUCAUCUUCACCUGUUUCACCCCCUCCAAUCCCUCCUCCUCCUGGCAACCAGCAAUUUCUUGUAUCCAGGAGUCUGUUUCUGUUUGGUUUUAUAGAUUCCACAUAUAAAUGUAGUCAUAUGGAAUUUGUCUUUGACUUAUUUCACUCAGCAUAAUAUAUUCUAGUUCAGUCCAUGUGGUUCCAAAUGCCAGGUUUUUAUUCUUCUUUAUGGCUGCGUAAUAUGCCUGUGUGUUUGUGUAUACUCCUCGUUUUCUUGAUUCCUCUGUCAGUGGACACUUAGGUUGCUUCCACAUCUUGGCUGCCUCAGGAAACAAUAAUGCUUCAACAAACAUAUGAUACAUUCCUUUGCACUACUGUUUUCGUUUUCUUCAGAUAAAUACCCGAAAGAAGGGGGAUUACUGGAUGGUAUGGUAUUUCUAAGUUUUUGAGGAACCUCCAUACUGUUUUCCCCAGUGGCUGCACCAACUUACAUUCCCACCAACAGUGCACGAGGGUUCCCUCUUCUCUGUAGCCUCACCAACACUUAUUUCUUACCUUUUUGAUAAUAGCAAUCUGAUGGGUGUGAGGUGCGAUACUCACUUUUGUUUUUGUUUUUUAAAAAUUUUAUUUAUUUGAGAGGGAGAGCACGCACAUGAGCUGGGUGGAGGCGCGGAGGGAGAGGGAGAAGGAGACUCCCAACUGAGCAGGGAGCCCCAUACGGGGCUCGAUCCCAGGACCCUGGGAUCAUGACCUGGGCCGAAGGCAGUCGCUUAACCGACUGAGCCACCCAGGCGCCCCUUCAUUAUGGUUUUGAUUUGUGGUAUCGAGCCGUCUUUCACAUGUCUGUUGUCUAUGUGUUUAUCUUUUCUGGAAAAAUGUCUGUUCAAGUUCUCUGCCCAUUUAAAAAUUUUUUUUAUAU